AUGUCGGGGGGCGUCUCGUUGCGGGAGCAGCACGUUGAUGCUUCCGUAGAUUUUGCUACUCAGUCUAUCUUGGGGUUUACUUCUUUAUCCCUUGAGAUCAGUGGGGCCCUUGUUGCUGCUGCUGUUGCUGCUGCAGAUGCGUUUGCUGCAGCUGCUGCGGAUUCUUCCGAUCCUGCAGCAGCAGGAGCAGGAGCAGCAUCAACAACAGCAGCAGAUGCAGCAGCAGAUGAUUCUCGUAUCCCCUUCGCUAUACCUCUCCACCUGCCACCCUGCUGCCGCAUUUUUGGCUGCUGGGUGGAUAAAACCCCCGCAGUCUUCCAGCUAGGCUUUGAGGGCCCGCAGCAGCAGGAAGAUGACGCACAGCAGCAGCAGCAGCAGCAGCAACACCAGCAGCAGCCGCAGCAGCGCUUUAUUCGGUUGGAUCUUCUGACCUGGAGGGAAGAGCUAAAACGACGCUGCGCUCUUAAGCUGAAGCUAUCUGUGUCCUUUAUGCUGUCGGGGCUGACAGACGGCAGCGGCAGCAGUCUCCUCUUCGUGCAGCAUAAGUAUAGAGACAGGAAGGGGCAGCAGCAGCAGCAGCAUCAGGUGCUGCUCACGCUGCAGGGAGUCCUUCCAUGCCCCCCUUGGUUCCCUACGCUGCCGCACAGCGCCUACGCAGCAGCAGCAGCAGCACCACCCGCAGCAGCAACAGCAGCAGCAGGAGACACCGCAGCAGCAGCAGCAGCAGAAUCGCCGCUGCACUGCAACUGGAAGACAGUUGUUGAUGUACCUGAAGGCUGCUGCGCCGUUAUGCCUGGGAUGCUGACGAGGAGGUUUGCUGCUGCUGCUGCUGCUAGACUUCGCCCGCUUGCUGCUGCAGCAACAGAAACGGCAGCCGCUAGGAAGAGAGUAGCUGCUGCUGCUGCAGCUGCUGCAGCUGCUGUUGCUGUUGCUGGGAGGUCUCAAGCAUCAGAAACAGCAGGACCAGCAUCAGCAGCAGCAGCAGGAGCAGCAGAGGCCGAUGGCUCGAGCUCGGCAGCGGCUGAGCAGGAGGGAACUCCCGUUGCUGAUGCUGCAGCAACAGCAGCAGCAGCAGCAGCUGCUGCUGCUGCUGCACCGGCGCAGUGCUGCGCCGACUGUGCUGAAGGCUCAGCAACGGGUUGCUGUUGCGUCUUCGGCCGGGGGGGCCCCCUGGAGUUACUGCUGCAGCAGCCGCUGCUGUGGGAGAAGCAGCUGCCGCGAAGCAGCAUCUGGACGCAGCUGCUGCCUCAGGCUGCACAGCAGCAGCAGCAACAACAACAACAGCAGCAGCAGACGAAACGGGGCCAGGACGAUGAGCCGAUGCAGUGUGAGCAGCAGCCCGAUCAGGAGGAUCAGCAGCAGCAGCAGCAGCAGCCACAGCAGGAACAGCAGCAGCAGCAACACCAGCAGGAAGAAUGCAUGCGCGAGGUCUUCGUAUUUGAGGCCCUAACUAGCCAGCGCAAAGCCGGGCGUGCAGGGGCAAAGGGUCCUGCUGCUGCUGCUGUUGCGCAGCAACAGCAGCAGCUCCUGCAGCAGCAGUUGCAACACAACAAUAUGGAUGCACUCGUAGGAGUAACAGGAGCAUCAGCAGCAGGAGCAUCAGCAGCAGGAUCAGCAGCAGCAGCAGAAUCUGGAGGCCGCUCCGUGCUGACGUGGCUGCUGCCGCAUCAGCUGCUGCUCUUUGCCGGUCGCUUUGCUGCUGUUAGCGGCAACUCGGGUGUACCGUACCCGGUGACUGCAGCUUCAAUCAAGAUUCAGAGCAGCAGGCUGCAGCAGCAGCAGCAGCAGCAGCAGGACACUGCAACAGGGACAGCUGAUGGCGCUGCCGUUGUUCCUAUCGUCUCUCUCAUCACUUUGAAGGGCUUGGAGUCUCUGUUGGGCCCCACAACUGUGGCUUUGGCGGAGUGUUUGCGGGUGUUGGGAGAGGCAUUUGGCUGCAGCCCUCCCUUCGGUUGUUUGUCUCUUCUCUUCUUUCCUCUCCGUCGCGCUGCUUCGGGGGUUUGGGGCCUCGCAUCAUCUUCAGGUGUCGGUGCAGCGCUGCAUGCAACUUCAAGCGAUGCGUCUGCUUUGGGGCUGCGGCAGCUGACAGAAGAAGGCUGUGCAGACUGCGCCAUCGCCGAGGAAAUGAACCGAUCGCCUGGUCCGGAGUACGUCGUGAGCGGGAACUUGGCGGUGCUGCCUUUAGAGUGUCUCCUAACUGCAGCAGAAGCAGCAGCAAGCAGCGCAGCGCCUCCUUCUCGUUUGCUGCUAGCAGAAGCAACAAACUUCGGCUCUGUGGAUUUGCGUAUCCGACGGUGGGAGCGUUUACAGCGUUUUUUGUCUUUGUCUGAAUUGGGCUUAGAGGAGUUCCCUAUUGACCCUAUAGGGGCAUUAAACAGCAAAAGCAGCAGCAGCAGCAGCAGCAGCAGCAGCAGCAGCAGCAACAUUGGGGGCAGCAGGAGCGGCGGCAGCAGCGGAUAUGGUGGAGGCAACAGCAUGUGGCAACAACAGCAGCAGCAGGUGCUACUUCAGCAGCAGCAGCAGCAGCAGCUGCAGCAGCAGCUACCACCUGUGGAGUGUGUGGUGUAUAGUGAAGUAUUUCAGCUAAAGUGCUGCGUCGUUCUGCAUGCAUUGGAGGCAAUGCUGUCUUCGCAGUCUUUUCUCUCUUCUCGUUUUCUUCUUUGUUUUUGUUUGAACGAUUUCUUAGCAAAGACAAAUAGAAAAAAAGAACCACCAAACGGAGACAUCUUCUGGAAACGGGACCACGACGCCCUCGUAACGCUGGAGGAGACACUUCGCUUGUUCCGUGCUGCAUUUGUUGCGGGUAGCGGCUGCCCUCAACUGUCUCUUUCUUUCAUGCUGCAGCUGCAACGUAAAGGCUCCUCUAUGGAUCUCUUUAACUUUGCUCUCGAUCUCCUAGCGCUGCAGCCGCCUCCUCCCCUAAGCGAACCACCGCAGCAGCACGGGUUGCUGCAGCAGCAGCAGCAGCAGCAGCAGCAACAACAACAACAGCAGCAGCAAGAGCACCUGCACACAAGGCCACAAGUUGAUCAGGCAGGGGUCUCCGUCUUCUACCCCGCAGAUAUUGCUGGGCUUGCUGCUUUUAAUCUAUGGCAAGCACAGGAGACAGGCAGCAGCAGCGAACAGGCUGAGGUGUCUCUCCGUCUUGCUGCAGAGACAGCAGGAUCUCCUGCUGCUUCUUCGUGGGAGUGUCUCCUCGUGCGUCUCCUCUGGCCCGUGCUUCGCCGCCAGCCCCACUCAGCAGCAGCAGCAGCAGCAGCAGCAGCAGCUUCCCGUAGCCGCAGCAGCACCCGCAACAGCACCGCCGUCAACGGCAGCGGCAGCAACAGCAGCUCCCUCAGCAGCAUCUUCCCCCGCAGCAGCAGCAGCAACAACAACAACAGCAGCCCCCGCAGCAGCAGCAGUUUAGUGUAUGAGGGCAUAUUAAGCAGCGAGCUGCUGCCUUCUAGCUCGCAUCUAACCGAACGUUUGCUGCUGCUGCAGGGUUUGCACGACCCUGUUGAUGUUAUAGGAAGAGACGGAAAUUUUAUUUUAGGGUUUGGCUAUGCUGGGGAUAUACCGGCGCCUUUAAAUGCAGGCAGGGGCCCCCUCUGGCAAGCUAUUAAAGAAGCACAGAGGCGCUGCUGCAUGCAGCAGCAGCAACAGCAGCAGCAGCAGCAACAACAACAGCAACAGCAACUACAGCAUGGGGACGAUGACCCCAAUGAACAAAACGGAGACUCUUUCGCUGCUCUCUGCGUGGAUAAUGAAAGAUCUCCUCCUUCUGUACCGGUUGCAACGGUUGGGGGUUUGCCUUCAUGGGCUCGGCUGCUGCAGCAGCGGGAUUAUUUGCUGCGGCUGCGAGCAGCAGGCAACAGCGCGUUAUGGAGGCGCAGCGUCGGGGUGUAUGUACACUCCGUGGUGCCUGGUACGCUGUCUGCUGCUCUUGUAACAGAGCUGCUGCCUCAAGCAGCAGAAUGCGGCUUUGAAUUCACAGGUAGCCUCUGCAGCAGCAGCAGCAGCAGCGGCAGCAGCAGCAGCGGCAGCAGCGGCAGUAGCAGUUGCUGCUGCGUGGUGGGGCGAGGUUUGUUGCAGUACGUGGGGUUCGAGGUGUCUGCGCCUGAGGGCCCGGUGCAGCAGCAGCUGCUGUCGCUCCAGCAACCAGCAGCAUAUCUUCAUUUGUCUUGCGGCUAUCAGAAGUAUUGGCUGUCUUUGCUGCAGCUACAAGUUGUUGAUGACGAUAUCAUUAGAGGCAGCAAUGUCUUUCUUAAAGAGGGGUCGCUGCCUCUUCGGUUUGCACUCGAUGCAAGAGCAGAACGCGGCAGGAAGAAAGUUGCAAUGAAAGGAGAUCGAAUGCUGCACGGCUCCUGCAGCAGCAAAGUCCUCAUGAAGGCAGCAGCAGCAGCUGCUGCAGCAACGGAUGCCCCAGCAGCAGCAGCAGCAGCAGCUGCUGCUGCUGCUGCUGCUCAAGCUGCAGCAACAGCUGAAGGCCCUGAACCCACUACGGCUAGACCAGGAUCGGGAGGCAUGGGGACCGGAGACCGCAUCACCUUUGCAGGGUCCCUAAGCAGCAGCGACAGGGCUCUUGUAGACAGCCUCAAGCGCUGCGUGCUGCAGCGGCAUCCGUCUCUGCUGUCUCUUGAUAAUCGAUCCCUAGUAGCGAAGGUGAACAGCAAAACAAAACUGCCUUUAUUGUGGAUUCGAGCAGACCCUAACCUUACCUGGCCGGCGAGGAUCCGGCGUUGCCAGAGCGGGUCGAUGUGGGAGCAACAGCUGCUGUCGGAGACAUCUGUGGGGUUUCAGCUGGAAGCAGCAGCAGCACUUGGUGGUUUGCUGCCGCUGCAGCAGCAAGGAGGUUUAGGGGGAGAGGACCCAGUGAAGGCGCAUGCAGUUAUUGCCCUUAGCAAAGCCCUUGCGUCGCACAGGUCUCACCCUUUCUUCCGGGCUCGUGCGGCGUUUGCACUGACCCGACUGCACAACACGGGGGGCGAGGAGUGUGGGGCCGCCUGGCAGGCCUUUGCAAACUACAUAUCUUCUUUCCACAGCGAAGCUGUCUUAGACGCGGAGGCCACUGAGGUGACGUCUCCUCCUGAGUCUGGCGAGGGCACAGGCAACGGCGAGUGGGGAAUAUCUGGAGCUCCAUCAGCUUCCGCUGCAGCAGCAGUAGCAGCAGCAGCAGGGGGGCCCCCAGCAGCAAAUGAAGCACGGGGACCCCUCACAGAUUCUCUUAGACUUUCCUAUUAUGCAUGCACAGCCCCUGAGAGCCGCUUUCUACGCCACUUCUUUGGGGCUGUCUCCCUUGUCAGAGACGCAAAAGGCCUCUCGCCGCCUGCCUCCAUCGACUUGCUGCUGCAGCCGCUGCAGCAGAUGGAGCCGACAGCAGCAGCAGACAGCGCAGCUCUGCUGUCUCUUGGUGCUGCUGCGUUAGACUGUCUAGGCAACUUGAGGUGGCCAUACACCCCAAUGCCCAGCCUCACAGAGUCUCUACACCCCUACUUUGCUGCUGCAAAGGUAACAUCCGCAUCGGCAGCAGCAGCAGCAGCAGCACUUGCAGCAGCAGCAGCCCACUUGCACCACCAGCAGCACUUGCAACAGCAGCAGCAAUGCUACCACAAGCAGAACCAGCCGCCCUGCGAGCAGCUGAUUAAGGAAGAGUGUGCAGCAGCAACAACACCGAGAGCAGCAGCAGCAGAAGCAGCAGCAGCAGCAGCAAACUGGGAGACGUUCGUCUUCUCUAGCUGCAGAGGACUGGAGGCAGCUUGGAUUGAAGCCUGGCGCCUCUUUAGACUUGAUGCUGUCAAAGCCCUCGCUUCCCCCAGAAGAGAGAUGACUUGUGCAUUUUUGCGAGCUGUCUCUCGAAGUCCUUUGCUGCGGGAUUUGUCUCGCCUUCGUUUUGUUGGUGGCUGCAUGCGCGUGCAAUUGGGGUGUAUAGACAGAUGGGGAGAAAGAGAGGGCCCUUCUCCUUUAAAGCCUUCUUUGCAGCCUCUAGGUGCUGCUAAUGCUGCUGCUGCUGCUGCAGCUCGUAGCAGUAGCAGCAGCAGCAGCAGCUGGUUGCCGCAGGAGUUCGGGCUGCCGUUUGAUUUGCUGCACUUCAUCAGCAGCAGCAGCCGCUGCGCCUUCUUAGAACGGCUCUUCCCUGCUGCAGCAGAAGCACUCGCAGCCUACGACUUCCCCCUAGUGCGAAGAGAAGCCAUCCGAGCCUUGCUGCAGGUUUGCUGCGAGGGAGCUGUUAGGGUUUACAAAAUCCCUGUGUCUCGCCCAGCAGCAGGAGCAGCAGCAGCAGCAGGAGCAGCAGCAAGCAAAAACAGCAACACGCAGCAGCAGCAGCAGCAGCAACAGCAGCAGUGGUGCUUAAUAUCCAAGUUUGUCAGCCCAGAGGAACAGGUCUUAAGGUCGCAGGUGGGGUUGGGUGUGUAUACCGCGCUGCAAGUGGCUAUCUGCCUAGACACCCCAGAGAGCGAUCCUCAGGGUUGCAUCUGGAGCAGCUUGCUGCUGCUGCUGCAAGAGCUGCGAGCAGCAAAUCCGCUGCUGUUCCUUCCCUUCUCUGGGCAUGCACCCGGCAUGCUGCUGCCAGAUGCAGCAGACAAGUCGCAGCAGCAGCAGCAACAGCAACAGCAACAGCAACAGCAGCAGCAACAGCAGCAGCUGCAGCCGCCCCACGUGUGCUGCCUCCUUGGCUGCCUCGGCAGCCACUGCGAUAUCAGUCUACCUGCAGCAGCAGCUGCAGCAACAACAGCGGCAGCAUCAACAACAACAGCAACAGCAGCAACAACGGCAGCAGCAGCAGCUCGACAGAACCACCUUGUGGCUGUUGGCUGCUUUGUGGCGCAAGCAGCUUCUACGCUGCUGCAUUUGCAUAUGCAGCAGCAGCUGCAGCAGCAGCAGCUGACAGCAUCAGCAGCACCGAAUCUGCAGCAUAUUUCUUCUGUUCGUAAUUUUCUCUUUGGGGUAGGGACGCCUCCUUGUUGGUUGCCGCUGCAACGGGAGCUUGCUGCUUCGCUCUGCAGCAGCAAGACGCCAGCAGCAGCAGAGGCAGCUGCUGCUGCUGCAGCGGGACUGACAGAUCCUGCUGUGGCUGCUGGCGCUGCAGCGUUUGCUGCUUGCACUCGAUUCAAAGAGGGCUCAGCAGCAGCAGCAACAGCAGCAGCAACAUGCGUGCCUCGCCCGCCUCCACUUUCACCGCCCCGCCGAUCAGCAGCAGCAGCAGCAGCAGCAGAAUCAGCACAAACACCAACAGCAGCAGCAGGCCAAGCAGCAACAGCAGCAUGCCCAACAGCAACAACAGAAGCCCCAGCAUCAGGACGAUCAUCAGCAGCAGAAUCAGCAGAAUCAGCAGCAACAGGAUCAGCAGCAGGAGAAGCAGCGGAAGGUGGUUUGGUGUGUCUGCCGGAUGCAUGCAGCAGCAAGUUAUAUUUGAGCUUUAUUAGGAGCGGCAACGAGCAGCAGAAGAUGUGGGGUUUUAAGCGUAAGUAUAUAGACAGAAAAGAUAGCUUAGGAGACUGGAGAGAGGUAGCAGCAGCAGCAGUUGCUGCUUUAUUAGAGCUGCCUGAAGCAGCAUGGUUUGGGCCGCAUCCAGAGACAACAGCAGCAGGAUAUAGUAAAUAUAUUGCUGAGCCUAUGUGGUUGCAAAGAGUAGAAGAAAAGAUAGCAGCAAAUGAAUAUCUACUUCCUUAUCAUUUCAAGCAAGAUAUGGCGUUGAUAUUUAAGAAUGCACGUCUCUUUAAUUCACCUCAAGAUAAACCUUAUAGAGAUUGUUGCAUUGUAGAGCAGAGGUUUCAUCAGCUGUGGGCUCCUAUUAAUGCUGCUUUCCAAAGAGCAGCAAGACAUAAAAGAAUGCAUCAUUCUCAGCAGCAGCAGCAGCAGCAGCAGCAGCAACAGCAGCAGCAACAACAACAGCAGCAGGAAGAAGAACAGAUGCACGGGGUGCAGCAACAGCAAUACACUCAACAGCAGCAAAUGCACGAUGAACAACAUGUGCAGCAAACUCCAAAAGAACAAAAUAUUACCUUUGACACAGAUGCAGCAGAAACAGAAACAGCAGCAGCACCAGCAACAGCAGCAGCAGCAGCGGGGACAUCACUUGAUUUCAACACCACGCCGAUGACGCCCAUAACGCUACAAACGCAGCAGCAGCAGCAGCACCAACAGCAGCAGGAGGAGGAGGACUGUUUUUUCGAUGCGGUGACACCGCAGCAGCAGCAGACGCCGCCGCAGCAGCAACAGGAACAGCAGCAGCAACAGGAACAGCAGCAGCAGCCGGAUCAGCAGCAGCAGCAGGAUCCGCAGCAGCAACAGGAUCAGGAUCAGCAGCAGCAGAUAGGCAUUCUGGAAUAG